AGGAGCUUUACGCGAAACUACAGCUGCCUCUAUUUUUUUUCCCCCUUUCUACUCUAAAUCUUUCUUUACAAAAUGAUGGAUGUAGACGAGCCACAACAACAAGUGGAGCAAAAGCCUCUGAAGUUCAAAUCAAGAUUGGUUGCAAAGUCCAUUGAUGCCAAAGAAUUAACGUCUCGUCUAAAAACACUCCAUGAAGAACUGAACGCAUUUGGACAACACGAAAUCGUUAAAGAAUCUCUUGAUGCCACAGCAAAAGAACUCGUCAACUCGAAAAUCCUCAAGCAUGCGUCGGGUACAGUAAAAGCAUACGCAGCAACCUGCUUGGCUGACAUGCUACGAUUGUAUGCGCCCGAAGCACCAUUCUCGGACAAGGAAACCAACAGCAUCUUUCAACUCUUCUUGUCUCAACUCAGUCAGCUCAAACAGUCGCAGGAUCAUCCUCAGUUCCCGCUUUAUUUCUAUCUAUUGGAAAGUCUUUCCACCGUGAAGAGUAUAUUGAUUGUCGCCGAUCUCGACAAUGCGCAGCAACUGUCAUCCGAUUUCUUCGAAUGUUUCUUUUCUACUAUCAGAUCAGAUAUGCCUAGAAACAUUCAAGUGUGCAUGAUCGAUCUCAUGGUGCAGCUCAUUGAAGACGUCGGUGCGUUGUCGGACGAAACUCUCGCUCUACUCUUGGAACAGUUCAAAAAGAGCAAGGACGAUCCAUGCUACAUCAUGACUUUCGAAGCUUGUAAUGCAUGCUUUGAUACACUCCAGCGUCGCGUGUGCCAGUACUUUUCGGAUGCCUUGAUUGCAAUGAGCCAUAGUGAUGGAUCUGAAGAAGACACAGAAGAAUUGCAAAAGGCACAUGAGAUUAUCCAGCGUGUUCACGCGGUAGUACCCAACUUGCUACUUAACGUAUUACCCCAGUUGGAAGAGGAAAUGAAGGUGGACGAUUAUAAAGUACGUUGCAUGGCCACAGAGACAAUUGGUGAUAUGUUUGCAGAGCCAAACUCGACAAUGUUUCAACGGUAUCCUAGUAUUUGGAAAACCUGGGUUGGAAGACGUAAUGACAAGUCGGUACAGCUUCGAGUAAAAUGGCUCGAGAAGUGCAAAGCAAUCUAUCAAAAUCAUACCCAAGUCAAAUCUGAAUUACAUGAUUGUUUCAAAGAAAAAAUCAUUGAUCCAGAUGAAAAAGUACGAGCAACAGCAUGCAGAGUGAUUAGCGAGCUUGAAAAUACCCAUGUUAUUCGCGAUCUAGACAAGACUGUACUAGAGCUUGUUGCUGAGCGAUCCAAGGAUAAAAAGAGCUCUGUAAGAAAAGAAGCUAUGGCUGCACUUGGCAAAAUUUAUGAAGCUGCUUAUCCUCAAAUUGACGAGAAUGCGCAAGUCAAAGAGAAGCUUGGAUGGAUUCCGGAUGCUUUGCUCAAAAUAAUGUAUACGGAUGAUCCCUCUGCAACCGCUACUUUGGAAAGCACCGUAAACCAAUACCUGUUCCCAUAUAAUGAAGAUGAUAAGGAACGAACAGAACGUUUGGUGUUUGUCAUCAAAUCCUUUGAGCCACGGACCAAAAACGCAUUCCGGGCUUUGAUUCACAAGCAAAGAGGUUGUAUUGCUGGUAUUCAACGUUUCAUCAAGGCAUGCGAACCAACUGAGGAACAAAUGGAUGUGGAUGAAGAACAAGGAGAAUCCGACGCAAGCCAAAAAUUGGAAGCAAUUGUAAAACAUAUAGCAGCAUCUUUUGCCGAACCUGCAAGAUUAUCAAGUGCCUUAAAAAGAUUCGCUGAAGUUCAAGCUGAUAACAAGACCUUGUUGGAACUUUUGGAAACUGCUACUGAUCCAAACACUGAAUACAAGCAAAUUGUAGAGGCUAAGAAUUCGCUCGAAGAAAAGCUUUCAGAUCUGUUGCCAGGCUCAUAUGAAACUCUGGAGCCACUCUUGGUCCGAGCAUGCCCGAUCAUCAUCAAUAAGAAUAUUACCCCACAUUUGCUGAAAAUGUUGGAGCCAACUAGGCUGAGACGCAGAGCUACAGAAAAUCCCAAUGCUACUGUUGCUCAGGAACUGCUAAAGGAAAUGGCAACUUCUUUCCCUACCAUGUACGAAGAUCAUGUCUAUGAACUGAUCCGUGGUAUCACUGAUACAAAUACAUCGCUGGUCAACAAUGCUCUUGAACUCUUGGCACAAAUUAGUAAGAGUAAGGUGACCGUGAACGUACAUGACAACGAUAUAUUGGAUAAGCUAGCGUCGUUUAUUACGCAGGGAGAUCUCGCACAGGCGAGAAACGCCUCGAUUGUAUUGAGCAACAUGUAUGCUUUUGAUAUUUGCGAUGACGUGAUAGAGAGCGCUCUCAAUAACGUAUCGGUCAAAGAUCCAUCAUUAUACCUCAAGCUUGCAAGUAUCGCCGAAUUCGCUCUCUACGUACCAGAGCGUGUCGGAACCCAUAUCCAAGCGCUUGCGGAUUUCAUCGAGCAUCAUUUGAUGGGGACCUCAACUGAAGCAGAAAAUGACAGUGCUACCGAUGAUGACGUCGUUCGUGAAUGGAUAGCAUACGAGGAUUUGAAAGAAUUGUCAAAAGCAAAGCUUGCUGGUCUGCAAUUGCUUGUAAACUAUCUGUUAUCAUCUGUACAAUUCGGCACUGACGAUAUGCUCGUUGAACGAGUAUUUAAUUUACUGUGGAAUCUUUUGGACACAACGUGCGAAAUGGCAAUCGGCAAAAACCAAAGCGCACCCGAGUCAUCACAUCUUCGAUUGGCAGCAGCACAAUCCAUGGUCAAGUUAACACAUAAGCCGGCGUAUCAAAACCAGCUAUCCGUUUCGCAAUUCGAACAUUUGGCGCUAACAAUUCAGGAUACGUGUUAUCAAGUACGAUAUGGCUUUGCUGAAACGUUGAUGAAGGGUAUUCCAAUGAACCAAGUGCAUAUGCGAUAUUUAUCGGUUCUCUUCUUAAGCGCACACGAGCCUGAAGAAGAGUUGUUAAAACAAGUCAAGUAUUUUAUUCAAAAACGAUCCCUCAAGCAAUAUGACAAUUCAGUUGCUAUGGAAACAUCCUUUGUACAGCUUUUACACACCUUGGCCCACCAUCCUGACUUUACGGUUGCAACAGAGGAUCUGAUUGUUUUCACUCAAUACUUUGAAUUUUACUUGAGCUGUGUCGCCACGCCGGACAAUGUAUCCUUCUUGUACCAUGUUGCACAGAAAGUCAAAUCGUCUAAAGACAUGGUCUCAAAUGAAUUGAGUCAGAAUUCCUAUGUUCUUAGCGACCUUGCUAGCUUGUUGAUCAAACGUAAAUGUGAAGACGCUUCAUGGCCCUUGAACGUCUAUCCAACCCGGAUCCGAUUACAGUCAAAAUUAUAUCGCUCUCUCCCAUCGGGUGCAGUGCAAACAGAGACUUUGAAGAAAUCGUACCUGCCAGCACCUUUCUUAAAUUGGUUGGAAGAAAAUCAUCAUCCACACCGAAAAGGAGAGAAGCGAAACUCUGCAGCAUCAACAAGUUCAAGCAAACGAAACCGUACCAAUUAGUCAGUCGCAAGGUUCAUCUUUCUCUCUCGUCACAUACAUAUACACACAUACACCAGCUCCCAAACAUCCUUUUCAAUCUUAUAUAAAAAUAAUGAAAUUCAUAUUUGCGCAUUAUUGUUUAAGUAUUCAAAUCGCAUAAUACUACUACUACUACUACUAUGCUCAUUGCUAUGAUAAAU